UAUAAAAAGGGGUGAUGUUGACGGGUUGAACUCGUCUUCUCCCUCUUCCUCUUUUCUUCUUUUCAACCUACUUCCAACUCCUCAAGAAACUCUUCUCGAUCUCAAGAUCAUCGUUAUCAUCCCGUCUGCUCAGACUCUCGUCAAGACCCUUCAAGCUUGGCCAUACAUAUCUUAGUGCCAACCACCACCCACAACCACCCACCCAUCCACCCACACACACACACACAAGGCAUAGUAGCCAAAGGGACCUUCUACUCUUUGGUGUCUCACGCUCCUAUCUAUCUCCGUCACGUACUUCAGUCGCUUGCCAGUAUUAUCGUCCUCCUCGAGUAACUUCUCCCUUCCCACCGCUACCACUACCACCGCCAAACCAAAUCACCAUGGCAUCCUACAGCACUCAGUACUACGGGGGCGCGUCGUCGGCGAUGCCAAUCCCGUCGGUGACGGCGGCGGCCACCAAGGAGGAGCAGUACCGGCAGUACUACUCGGGUGGCGGCAGCGGCAGCACCUACUCGGAGUCGCCGCCGGACGACCAGCGCGAGCGCGACGCGUCGGUGACGUCGGGCGUGCCGUCGUACGGCAACGGCAGCAGCAACGUCGCCAGCUACGCGACGAGCUACGCGAGCGGCGACUACGGCGACGGCAGCCAGGGCGGCGCCUCUGCUAGCGGCGUCGACUUCAACGACUUCAUGCAGGCUCGCUUCGACGAGACCUUCGACCCCAUCCCGCUCGACCGCAGCCUCGCGCGGCAGGCCCAGACUUCCGGCAAGCUCAACGCCAAGCACCGCGAGCUGCUCGAGAUGCAAGCGGCGGCGCAGGCGCGGCUCGCGCGGUCGCGCGCCCGCUUCCAGAAGGGCCUCAACGACGCCCGCGAGGUGCACGCCGACCUGGAGUGGACGGCGAAGAAAGUCUCGGCGCUGAAGACCAAGGCGGAGAAGAAGCACGCCAAAGAGUACGAGAGGGCGCGCGAGCGGUAUCCCUCGCCCGAGUACUAAGGAGAGAGGGAGAGAGCGCGCACGCGGAUGUCGGCUCCGCCUUAUUAUUAUUACCACCACCGCCGCCACCACUACUACUAAUUCUACCAAAACGACGCACUUCUCCCGCAAACUGCAACUUUUUGAGCCGCAUCGCCCGCGAGGAGCAGGGCGGAAACGGGCGCAGACAGAACGAUACACACGAUAGGAGUUUCAAAAUUCUCACCACAUCGAGAGAGAAAAAAAAAGGCCAAGGUUUCCUCCCCCUUAUCCUCCCCCCUUUUCGCCAAUACCCUCUGUUAUCUCGAUCGCAUUCUACGCAUGUCGUUUGUUUUAGCUUCUUUUUUCUUAG